AUGAAGCUAGUCUUCCGACGUGGUUGGCCGAGAUUUGUUCUUUCCUUGCUGCUUGGAAUAGCCGCGCUUCGGAAAUCCAACAGUCUUCUGAGCCAAGCAACUCUCAACAACUUCACUCAAGAUAAGUAUGACUGGCGAAGAGAGUUGGUGGUAGUUACCGGCGGAUCCGGAGGCCUUGGGGACAUGCUGGUACGUAAGCUAGCCAAGAAUUGCAUCAAAGUGAUCAGUCUUGACGUUGUUCCACCGAGGACUCCGCUGCCGUCAAAUGCGUACUUCUAUGAAGUGGACAUCACAUCAAGCAAGUCAAUCAAAGAGAUCGCAGGCCAAAUCCGUCAAGAUCACGGCGAUCCUACGGUUUUGGUGAACAACGCAGGCGUCAUGAAAAUAGCCUCGAUGCUAGACGAGACUGAGGAGCAAAUUCGCCACGUUUUCGACGUCAACAUCAUUGCUAGCUUCCUCUUGAUCAAGGAGUUAUUGCCCUCAAUGAUCCACAACAACCAUGGCCACGUGGUAUCAGUUGCGAGCAUGGCGAGUUUUGUGACGGGUGUAAAUAAUGUGGACUACUCUUGUUCCAAGAUUGGCGUGCUAGCCCUGCAUGAGGGACUUACCCAGGAGCUGAGGCACCGAUACAAGGCACCAAGAGUGCGCACGAGUAUCAUCCACCCGACCUAUAUAAGGACAGCUUUGAUUGAAAAGGUCCACAGCUCGGGUCCCUUCAAGUCAAAAAUACUUGAGCCGGAGCCCGUAGUUGAUGCCAUCUUCAAGCAGGUUGUCUCUGGUCGCAGUGGCCACGUUUACUUGCCAGGGGACUAUGCCAGAGCGGCAGGACUACGCGCUUGGCCUCAUUGGCUUCAGGAAAGUCUGAGAGAUGCGCAGAAGGACACACUUUUACAUUAA